AUGACCCGACUUCAUCCCGGCCGCAGACCUACCCACUUCAACUUUGCCCGAGACGUCAUUGAUCGGUGGAGUGAGCAGCGAGCAGACUCCGCCGCUCUCGUUCUGGUGACACAGGGAAAGCGCCGCGAUGUCACGUAUCGUGAGCUGAGUGAGCGCUCCAGUCAUGUUGCCGCCGCGCUGUAUGCGCUUGGAGUGCAGCAGGGCGAUACCAUUGUCAUCUCGGCCGCGCGUUGUCGGGAUUGGUAUGAGAUCCUGUGUGCGACAAUUCGCAGUGGCAUUCUGGUCUGCCCCGUGGCCGGCGCGCUGUCGGCUUCCGAUCUCGAAUAUCGUAUGCAGAAAGUCGGCGCAAAAGCCUUCAUCGGAGACCUUCCCCAAACUCAGAAGGUCCUGUCGGUCCGGUCACGUCUCCCUGCCCUCCAACACUUGAUCCAGGUCGGGCCUGACGAAACGGUCCCCGAGGCACUCGGCUAUACAGCCCUGGCUGCCAUGGGACAAGCGAAUGGCGCAGACACGACAAUCGAUUCGGAGGCGAGCGCGCCCUGCGUCCUCUAUUUCACCUCGGGGUCAACGGGGCAGCCCAAGUUGGUCCAGCACAGCCAGAUCUCGCUGGCCUUGAGCAGUCGCAUCGCCGGAGAGCACUGGUGUCAGCUCCGUGCGGAUAGCCUCUUCUGGAGUCUCUCCGAAGUGGGCUGGGUCAAGGGCUCGUGGGCGGUCUUCGCAGCCUGGAACCAUGGCGCCGCUCUGCUUGUGGAUGAAACCCCCGCGCUGGCCUUCGACCCAAUUCACACACUGCAACUCUUGCACGAGUAUCCGGUCACCAGCUUCUGUGCCACCCCGACAGCCUACCGGCAACUCGUCACGUCGACGACUCGGGAGUUUGCGGCCACCCACGCGCCUCAGGCCCUAAGGGUCUGCAUCAGUGCUGGGGAGGCAAUCGAGGGGUCUGUUAUCGAGGCCUGGCGACAGAUGACUGGGGGGGUCACGAUACUCAACGGGUAUGGUCUCACGGAGACCGUCUUUCUGUGCACGGAAUCCGCCGACGAUCAACGGCCGGGGUCCAUGGGUCGACCUCUGCCCGGGAUCCCGCUGGAGAUCCUGGGAGAGAGCGCGGAACCAGUUUCGACCGGAGAAGAAGGAGCGCUGGGGGUGUGCUUGUCUGCCUGCGCCGAUUCUCUGUACGAUGUCUUCAAUGGCUACGUCGACGACCAAGGGGUCGUGUCGCGACCAGUGGUCCGCAACACGAAGGGGAUGGAGUAUUACCUGACCGGGGAUCGGGCCUACCGGGACGCGGACGGUUAUUUCUGGUUCAAGGCGCGGCAGGACGAUAUCAUCAACUGCUCGGGGUAUCGCAUCGGCCCCAGCGAGGUGGAAGCUGUGCUCCAGAUGCAUCCGGGGGUGCUGGAAUCGGCGGUCAUUGGCAUCCCCGACGACGAGCGCGGCUCGGUCAUCAAGGCCUACGUGGUGCUGAACCAGGAGUACGAGCAACAUGCGCCGCGCAAGCUCAAGGUAGAACUGCGGCAGCAUUGUCUGAACCACAGCGCCCCUUACAAGUGUCCACGGGUCAUCGAGUUCCUCGCCAGAAGCGAUUUGCCUCGCACGGUAACGGGGAAGGUCCAGCGUCAUGUGCUGCGUGCUCGUGAGCAGAGACAGUCAAUAGGAACAGCAUAG